GCGUUCAACACAAAUCGGAAUUAGGAAACUCCAACAUUGCAGACUUGCUGUUUCUUUGAAAGUGGGAUGUGUGAAACUACAACCAAACAGCAUAAUCGAAAUAUCCGAUUUUCCUAGUUCCGACUAUUACAUGAACGCGGUUUAAUACCUUCGUGAAUAAUGCUUGUGUCACUUCCGUAUUGCAUUUCGCAAAAUUCGAGCGCGGUAUGAUUUCAUUUCAUGUGGAAACGAAAAGUUAACCCGUGUAUAUUUCUUAGAGUUCGACUGUAGCCAAAACAAACAUACCUGCUGUUAUUUCAACAUGAGUGACGACCCUGACUCUCCUCCCGAAAGGGAAAUGAAGGAUUUUCAGUUCCGGCAAAUGAAGAAAACCCGGGUAUUUGAUUCACCUGAUGACCUUCCAAAGGAUAGAUCAAGUCUACUUGCCAUCUCAAACAAAUUCGGACUGACAUUUGUUGGACUAGACAAAAAGAUCAAGGUAUACCACACGCGGGACAUCCUAGCUGCAGACAAAGUUGAUGGGAACUCCAAUGAAAUAAUUGAGGGGAUAGCAGCCUUGACUGAUGUACCUGUGGAGUUGCCUGUGCACAACCUGGGCCUCAGUAGUGAUGAGCUCACCCUGUCAGUCAGCGGCAUGUCAGAAGAGUCUGGCCUGUCAUUGGACUUCUACGACGUUCGCACCUUCAUCAACAAGGCCCGACUGCAGAAGUUGCCGUUUGUGACUCUGCGACCUGGAGUCGGCCUGGGCAUAAUUGUGCAGGACCUCAAAUGGAACCCGGUGCAGGCGUCCAUGCUGGCCACCUGUCUGUCUGACGGCAGCAUGAUGGUGCUUGAGGUCACAGACAGCGUCACAGUGCAGGCCCAGCUCCCCGCCACCGAAGGAAUCACCUGUGUAUGCUGGAGUCCCAAAGGAAAGCAAGUGGCAGCAGGAAAAAUGAAUGCAACAGUCAGUCAGUACACUCCAGGGCUUCAGGAGAAGAAAGUAAUCCCUUGCCCAAGCUUCUACAGUUCUGACAACCCUGUCAAAGUACUUGAUGUGCAGUGGCUGAGUACGUUUGUGUUUGCCGUGGUGUAUGCAGCAGCCGAUGGCUGUCCAGAAACACCCCCUGAACUGGUGGUGAUCUCCCUCCCUACAAAGACCGAGAAGAGGGAGGAGAGGUACCUGAACUUCAACGACCCCGUCUACGGCACCUGCACAGAGAGACAGCUGCACUACUUCCUCAGCCACAUAGAGGACUGGGAUGUUGUUCUUGCCGCAUCGGCAGCCUCCAUUGAAGUCAGUGUCAUUGCCAAGCAAGAAGAUAAGUCCAACUGGGAGCUAUGGCUGCUGGAGGACGCCAGUAGGGGAGAGCUGCCUGUUUCACAGAAUAACGACGACACGCUGCCUUUGGGCCUGGCCAUUGUCUACACCAGCCAGCAGGAGAUCCACAUCACCGAUGAGAAGACUCUUCCCCCGGUGCCCACUCUGCUGCUGCUGUCUACAGACGGAGUGUUGUGCCCCUUUUCACUGCUCAACCUUAACCCUGGGGCCAAGCAGCUGGUUGCUGCCCCCACCAACCUGGCUCUGGAUGGAGAGAGACUGCCCCCUGCGGGUUCUGCAGCUCCCCCGCCCCCUUACCCAACCACACUCUCAUCAACCCUUGGGUCGUUCCCUCCUCUCCGCCCCCCCUCGUCCCCCACGCAGACUCCCCCUGCCUCCCUGUUCACCACCACAGCCCCUGCCCCAGCUCCAGUCUCCUCAUCCGGCUUCUCAUUCUCCAUGCCCCCUUCCUCUUCCACUGCUCCUCCCGCCUUGUCCCUCGGGGGCUACACGGCCUUCAGCGCGGCCCCAGCCUCGGGCACCUCCGCUGGUUUCUCCUUUGCCUCCAAGCCCCUGACUGAUACCCCCGCCGCAGCCUCCUCCUUCUCCUUCAGUGCCCCCAAGCCUCCAGUGGUGGAGACUACUCCAGACCCCUCCCCCACUUUGACGCCCACCCCCCCAGCGCCUGGCCACCGCCUCCCCCUAUCACGGUGCUCCGAGGUACCCCCGAGCCAGCCACUCCCGGUGAAGAUGAACCUCAAUGACAGGUUCCUGGCAGUGGAGACCCCUGCUCCAGCUGCAGUUCCAGCCUCUCUGCCCUUCUCCUUCACCCCCAAACCUGCCUUCUUUGAACCCACUAGCCAGCCCGCCCUGCUGCCCAUUGCCACCAGGCCUGCAGCCAUGCCAGUUCGCCCAGUCCAAACCAGUACACCCCCCAUGGUUGCACAGAAACCUGCCCCAGCCACCCAGACAAGUGCACCCACUCCACAGGCAGCGCUGAGUGUGAAGGCCCUGGAGAGACAGCUGCAGCAGAGGAAGGACUCGGACCCAGUCAUGGCUGGAAUACUGGAGGAGAUCGGCCAUUUCCAGAAGGAGCUGGCUGACCUGAAGUCGCGCAGCCACAAGGCAGACUUUAGAGUGGGCACCAUAGAGGAGAUGAAGGAGCUGAGGAAAGAGUCUAAGGACCUCCACAUCUUCACCCUGGAGAUAAAAGAAACCACUGAGUCUCUCCAUGGGGACAUCAGCACUCUGAAAACCACCAUGCUGGAGGGCUUUGCCGGUGCAGAGGACGCCAAGGCCAUGAGUGAGCUCAACAGAGACAGGGGCUACCUGCAGCUGCUGUACAAGAAACCACUGGACCCACGCAGUGAAGACCAACUCAAGGAGAUCCGCAGGCUGUACCACUAUGUGAAGUUUGCUGUGGAGGAUGUGAACGACGUGUUGGACCUGGAGUGGGAGAAACAUCUGGAGAAGAAGAAGAAGAAACAGAAACACAUGAUUGUCCCAGAAAGGGAGGCUCUGUUCACAGCCCUGGCCAACAACCUGGACAUCAUCAACCAGCAGAAGCAGAGACUGGACACACUGGUCAAAGACCUCCAUGCCCUGCGGCUCUACAACAAGACUGCAGCCUGGAGUACUCCUGGCCCCACCCAGCCCGCUGCAGCCACCUCCACAGAACAGGGUUUGGACAACGAGCUGGAGAGUUUGAGAGAUGCACUCCUGAAAGCCAGUCUAGAGACCAUUCCUAAGACCUCAAAGUCUUCAGCCAAGAUGUCUCCAGUGAAGCAGUCUCAAUUGCGUAACUUCCUCUCCAAGAGGCAGACACCACCAGUCCGCUCCACCGCUCCAGCCAACCUGUUCCGCUCGGCCUUCCUCUCUCCCAAUUACUACGAGAAUCUGGACGAUGUGAGCUCCACCUCCUCCCUGUCUCAGACCCUGGACCCUGACUACUCCCAUUGUUUUGAGGAGGAACCGGAGCCCGAGCCUGCCCCCCUCCCCGUGCUGCCCACCUCUAUGCCCCGCCACCCCACGGUGGUACGCACCCCUUCCAUAGCCCCAGGGUUUGGUGCCAUCCAGUCGACUCCUUUCAGCAAGGUGCACCAGGGCAUGGGCCUGGGACUCAGCCCCAUCCUAAGCACAGUUCCAACCAAUAAGAUCAACAUGAGAGGUGCGGACAGCACGGCACUAGCCACUAAAACGGUGAAGCACGGAGCCCCUCCCACUGAGAAGGCCUCACCCGUCCCCCUCCCUGCCCAACAGGCUGCUGCUAAAGCCGCUUUCCUCAGGCAAAUGGCUAAUCAGAAAACAGUGGUCAGUUCCUCUCUGGCAGAGUCUACCCUGAAGACUGUUCCCCAGGUGGUCAACGUCCAGGAGCUCAAGGACAAAGGACCGCCACUGCCUGUAUCCACUGUGAUCAACUCGUCAGUCCCAGCCCCGGUCGGUCAGGUUGUUCAGCAGGUUUUGGCGACGGUAGCCAACACCAACCAGGCCAAACGAAAUUCUACUCAAGGCAUACUGAAGGUGUCUGCUGAGAGUAUCCGCUCAGCUUCCCCCCAGGGUUUUGUGUUUGGCGGACCCCCUAGACCUGACGCCCUAGUUGCCCUGGCCUCCUCCAGCUCAGCCCCGUCACUAGGGGAGCAGAGCAGCAAAGCCUUCUCCUCCUUUACCACAGCGUCUGCCGGGGGCUUCAGUGUCUCCUCUGUGUCCCAAGGAGCUCCACCAGUGAAGGACGCAAGUAAAUUCUUCUUUGGCAGCGCUGGCGCCACCGGCAAGAUGAUGUUCAGCUCCUCUGCCGGGGAGGAACCCUUCUCCUUCAUCCCAAAAUCCACCUCCCCCGCCCUGGGGAGCACCAGCUCCCCUCCUCCCAGCAUGUCAGGGGAGCCUGUAAGGCCCACCCCCACCUUCAGCCAGGCACCCAAGGUGGUCGGAGGAGAGACCCUGGGGAGUUUCUCGGAUCUACGCGUGGGCCAGGGGGACGAAGAGAAGCCCUCAGCGGCCGCGUUUAGCUUUGGCCAGCCGGACAAUGGAAUGGGGCUAGGUUUAGGCACGGGGACGGCCCAGUUUAGUUUCGGGUCGACCCUCCAGCAAGGGAAGCCAGCUGAGGCUGCGUUUGGUGAGGCGGAUUCUACCGUGACAGACUUAUCCAAGACUGCAUUCAAGCCUCCCGAACCGGCAGCCCUGUCGAUCACCAAGCCUGCGUUCUCCACGUCAGCAGCCACCUCCUUCAGCAGCCUCCUAGCUACACCUCUCUCUUCCCCGUCCCCCACCUUGGAGAAAGAGCCCCCCAAAGCCCCCACCCCCCCAUCAGACCCCACUCCACCCCCAGAGCCUGUUCCCUCACAGCCCAGCCCCGCUGUUGCUGAGCCUGAGGUUACUACCUCCCCAGUGUCCUCAGUCAUCCCCUCCCCUACCAUCCCUGAAAAAGCCCCAACUCCCCCUGCCUCGGCCCCCUCCCCAGCUCCCCCCAUUGCCUCCACCACUCCUGUCCCCCCUGCCUCUACCAGCCCACCAGCCCAGGCACCCCAGCACUACCCCAGACCCUGCCCCGAGGCCCCACCACCCACUAUCACCCCUACCCCGGAGGCCCCACCACCAGCCUACCCGGCCCCCAGCUCUGACAAACCUGGCUCCAUCUUCACCCAGCCACCGGCCAUCACCACAGAUAGCACCACUAUAGCUGUCACCAGUCUUACGACGGUCAUAAACACCGCAGCCCCCGCCGCCACCACCACCACCACCCCUACUGACUCCAACACCGCAGCCCUGGCCACAGGCUCAGUUUUCGGACAGCCUGCUCCAGCGGCUGCCGGCGGCUUUAGUUCCACCGGCUUUGGUGCUCCACCUGCAGGUGCAGGGGCUGGCUUUGGAAAACCUGUAUUCGGGCAGACAGUUGGCGGGUUCGGACAGCCUGUUGCUAACGCAGCCGGUGGCUUCGGUUUUGGCCAGUCUGCGUUCGGGGCCAGCCCUGGAUUUGGACAGCCUGCAGCAGCCACCACUGCUGCAGCUGCUAGUACCGCUGCUAGUGGAGGUGGUCUGUUUGGAGCCCCCAGUGCCAGCAAUGCCAGCAGUUUUUCUUUUGGCACCCCCAGUGCCAGUACGGCCGGCAGUACGGGCACGGGCCUGUUUGGGCAGCCGAGCGCAACCCCGGCCUUCGGGCAGCAGAGUGCUGGGUUUGGACAAGGCUCUGUGUUUGGAAGCAACACCACCACCACAUCCUCUACUGGCUUCAGCUUUGGACAGCCUGCAGCUUUCGGAAGUUCCUCCGCUACCUCAGUGUUCGGUCAACAGCCCAGUACUGGGAGUGUCUUUGGACAGCAGCAGCCAUCCAGCGGUGGGGGUCUGUUUGGAUCUGGCUCUGCCCCGGCUGCAGGCUCCCAGCAGGCAGGGGGAGGCUUCUUCAGUGGCCUGGGGGGCAAACCCAGUGAGGACGCCGCCAACAAGAACCCUUUUGGCACUGCCGCUGCCACCGGGGGCUUCGGACAGCCCAACCAGACAGGAGGAACUACCCUGUUUGGGAACAGCGGAGCCAAAACCUUUGGCUUUGGCUCCCCAGCGUCAACAUUCGGAGGGGGGGAGCAGACAGCUAGUGGAACCUUCAGCACGGGAGGGGGGAGCGUGGCCGCUCAGGGGUUCGGCUCCUUCUCCACCCCCACCAAACAAACAGGUGGUUUUGGGAGCGCCCCUGUGUUCGGUAGCCCCCCCGCUUUCGGGGGCUCCCCAGCGUUUGGGGGGUCAGCAGCGUUUGGCUCGGCCCCAUCCUUCAGCAGUCCCAUGGGCUCCUCAGCCAGCAAGGUGUUUGGAGAGGGCACGGCAGCCGCCAACGUGGGAGGAUUCGGCUUUGCUUCCACUCAACAAAGCACACCGUCGUUUGGUGCUCUGGCCAACCAGAGUGCCCCAUCAUUUGGUAAUCUGGCCCAGCAGCAGCAGGGGUCAGGGUUCGGAGCUCCUCAGCCCAGCGGCUUCUCUGGGUUCGGACAGCAGGGAGGAGGAGGCUUCGGGUCUGCUGGCGGUUUUGGAUCAAAUCAAUCAUCUUCUCAAACGUUUGGAGCCGGUCCGGGUUGGAGAAGCUAGUUUUUGUUGACCCCCCCCCCCCCCUCCGCCCCGGGCAAGUGCACCCCUGGUGUGUGUGACCAGCAACACUGCUCUCUGCAAUCAAGCUCUUUGAGUAGACGACACCUAAAGGGAGAAGGGGGAGGAAGGGUGCGCAUGUUGGGGGUGGAAGGAAGGGGGGUUGAGGUGAGACAGUCCAAACUAGUUGUAAAGUAUGUAGACUGACCUUAUAGACCAUCGUAAUAGUCUUACGUCAAGUACAUCAGUGGUGACUACCAUGUGGAAUGUGUAUUUGGAUGAAUGAAUUUACAUUUGUGUGUAUUUUUCAAAUCAGAACAGUAAUUAUUUAUCACAUAAAUUGAUCAUCCACUGUGCAAAAACGUCAAGGGCACCUAAUGUAGGUUUUUGUCAUAAUCCCAUUAAUACAUUUAUUAUAAACUUCAUUGGAAUAUUUAGUUACUUAUUAAUAAUCCAUUCACUUUACUUCACCUGUGCAACACCUGUAUUCAUAUGAAAUAGAAUACUGUGCCGAUGUCUUCAUUGCCAUCCACCAUUGGCUGUAACGCUAUAAUAGAUUUGUUCAUCCAUAUGAACAUUGUUUUCCUCUAUAAAAUAAUUCUGCAGUUCAUAAUUUGGCCUCGUUCUCACAUUUUGAAUCUGGGAAAGUUCUAAACUUUCAAUUGAAGUUUUAAGAUAUCUUAUAUUCCAAGCAUUAGUAGUUCUGAUAAGAAUCAAGUUCUUAAUGUUUCUCAAAACUUGUCUUGUCUCACUAAAUGGAGUAGAAAAUACCAUCCUCCGCAACAAUAAUUCAUCAUUUACUGACUCCAGGCAAGACUUAGGCAGGUCGUUGAUAGAAGUAUCAACUGUUGAUUGCGUACAAUGAACUGCAAUAUGAGAAAAUAUUUUGCUUUUUAUAAUGCCUACUGCUGGUACCCCCUAUUCUUAUAAAUAUGUAUAUUUUAUACAUGGAAAAUGGGAAAUAAACUUGGCAAUUCUCAAAUCUG